UCCUCCUAAUUUUCCCUCCUCGGCGGGCGAGGGUGGGGGGGGCGGGGGAGGCCGGGGCUCGCCCCGAGCAGCCACGAUGCUCCUGGACGCCGGCCCCCAGUACCCCGCGAUCGGCGUGACCACUUUUGGCGCGUCCCGCCACCACUCGGCGGGCGACGUGGCCGAGCGAGACGUGGGCCUGGGCAUCAACCCGUUCGCCGACGGCAUGGGUGCCUUCAAGCUCAACCCCAGCUCGCACGAGCUGGCUUCCGCGGGCCAGACAGCCUUCACAUCCCAGGCUCCCGGCUACGCGGCUGCGGCGGCCCUGGGACAUCACCACCACCCGGGCCACGUCGGCUCCUAUUCGAGCGCAGCCUUCAACUCCACGCGGGACUUUCUGUUCCGCAACCGGGGCUUUGGCGACGCGGCGGCUGCAGCCAGCGCGCAACACAGUCUGUUCGCGGCUUCGGCCGGGAGCUUCGGGGGCCCUCACGGCCACACGGACGCCGCGGGCCACCUCCUCUUCCCCGGCCUUCACGAGCAGGCUGCGGGCCAUGCAUCGCCCAAUGUGGUCAACGGGCAGAUGAGGCUUGGCUUCUCGGGGGACAUGUACCCGCGGCCCGAGCAGUACGGCCAGGUGACCAGUCCGCGUUCAGAGCACUAUGCCGCGCCGCAGCUGCACGGCUACGGGCCCAUGAACGUGAACAUGGCCGCUCACCACGGCGCCGGCGCCUUCUUCCGCUACAUGCGCCAGCCCAUCAAACAGGAGCUGAUCUGCAAGUGGAUCGAGCCUGAGCAGCUGGCCAACCCCAAAAAGUCGUGCAACAAAACUUUCAGCACGAUGCACGAGCUGGUCACGCACGUCACCGUGGAGCACGUCGGCGGCCCGGAGCAGAGCAACCACAUCUGCUUCUGGGAGGAGUGUCCGCGCGAGGGCAAGCCCUUCAAAGCCAAGUACAAACUGGUCAACCACAUCCGCGUGCACACCGGCGAGAAGCCCUUCCCCUGCCCCUUCCCGGGCUGCGGCAAGGUCUUCGCGCGCUCUGAGAACUUAAAGAUCCACAAAAGGACGCACACAGGGGAGAAGCCCUUCAAGUGUGAGUUUGAGGGCUGCGACCGACGCUUUGCCAACAGCAGCGACCGCAAGAAGCACAUGCACGUGCAUACGAGCGACAAGCCGUAUCUCUGCAAGAUGUGUGACAAGUCCUACACGCACCCCAGCUCGCUGCGCAAGCACAUGAAGGUCCAUGAAUCCUCCUCGCAGGGCUCGCAACCUUCGCCUGCCGCCAGCUCGGGCUACGAGUCCUCCACGCCGCCCACCAUCGUGUCUCCCUCCACAGACAACCCGACCACCAGCUCCCUGUCGCCCUCAUCCUCCGCGGUCCACCACACAGCCGGCCACAGCGCGCUCUCUUCCAAUUUUAACGAAUGGUACGUUUAAAAUCAGAAACAAAACACCGAACAAAACCCUAUUUAAGAGACUGAGCACACACGCGUAUACAACACUUAAGUGAAAGAACCCUGAACAUCACACAGCAUCCCCACCCCCCAAUCCUGUCUUUUCUAAACCUGCCGAUAGAACCAGGACCGAGUCAGAGAAGGCACCAAACCUUUUCUUUUCUUUCUUUUUUUGGGCAAAGGCUUGCUCGCCAACGGGUGGGAGGGUGGGCGGGCGAGGAGAAGGCGGCCGCCUGACCAAACGCCGCCAACCCCGAGGGCCGGUUUCUCCUGGGAAUCGGAACAGGCUCUCGGGGUUUUGGCCUUUUCCUUUUUUUUUUUUGCUUUGCAUUCUUGUAAAUACAGAAAUUUUAGCUUAAAACUGUACUGUUGGAUUCUGUAUAUAGUUAUAUCUCGGUUGGAACGGGCGGGUGGGAUCGUGGCGUUGUGGUCUUUGCAUUGGGGGAGGGGGGAGGGGCCGGGCGGGAGCGGGAGGGGGAGGGGAAGGGGGGUUGGGAGGCCGAAAGCCAACUGUUUGUACUGAAUGGCCAGAAUGUUCUAGUAAAUGUGUACCAAAAUGUGAAUUACUUUGUACGAUUACAGUCUCCACGUCGACCUAACAGAAUAUUAUUGGUAUUAAUGUGCUUUUUUUGUAUAAAGUGCAAAGAUUUCGUCCCAAAGUCUAAGUACCUUAGUGCAGUAAAAUGUUGUUUCACGUCCUGUCAAGAAUUCGUAUAGUACGACCCUGGAUCUGCGUGUCAAACUGUUCCAUUUGUUUAUGUAAAGUGAUAUUAAAAAAGAUAUAAACUAUACCUGUCCAGUUGCUUUUGGCAAAAGAUACAACCACAUAAUGUAUAUAAUUCCUAGUUUCCAUAUUUAUCCGCAUGUAAAGGGCCGGUUUAUUCAUGUUACAGCUAUUCAAUAUUUAUGGCUAGAACUCGUAUGUACACUUUAGUUUCCAGAACUGUUUGGUAACCUUUCGUACCUUAUUAAAGAUUCUGAAAUCUCA